AUGAAGGGAAUCUCGGGGACGGAUAUGAGGCCGGAGAAUCCGGCCAAGGAUUCCAACUGGCUGAGCAUCGCGACUUUCUGGUACUCUAUAAAGAUAUUCAAAACAGGAAGGAAGAGGGACUUCGAGGAGGAAGAUUUGACAAAGCCGCUGGAAAAUCACAAAUCAGCGAGGCUAGGUGACAGACUGUCGAAGGAGUGGUGUAGGCAGGUGGACAAGGCGGCGCGAUCGAAGCGCCGGAAACGGAAGCCGAGUUUCCUGCGUGCGGUAGUGAGAUCCUUCGGCUGCGAAAUUGCUUGGUACGGCUUAGCUCUUGCCUUUAUGGAGCUAGGAGCUCGCAUCUUCCAACCACUCUUCGUCGGUCUAAUUAUUCGAUCGUUGAGCAUUGAGAACAAGAGGAACAACAACACGGACUCCAAUCCAAAAUAUUUCACGAGACUUAUCUACUACUGGGACAAAGAUCAACCUAAGAUCGAACUGGACGAGGUUUUGCUCUUCGCUUUGGGAUCUUGCAUGUGCAGCAUGGUUGCAGUUUUGGUACAGCAUCCGGUUUUCUGUUUGCUAAAUUUCGUUGGGAUGAAAAUCAGGAUAGCUGUCUGCUCACUUCUCUACAGAAAGGUGUUACGUCUGGAUACGACCCAAUUGACUGGACAGAUGAUAGGAAACGUGAUUAACAUUCUGUCGACGGACGUGAACCGUUUCGAGCAACUUCACUUCAUCCAUUACCUCUGGCUUGGACCGGCCACCGUAGCCGCUUCCCUCUACUUUUUGUACAAGGAAAUCAACAUAGCCUGUUUCCUUGGAAUGUGUCCGGUGAUGUUUUGCAUCCCUCUGCAAGGUAUUUUCGGUAUUCUCACCAAGUACAUCCGAAUAGAGACUGCGGUGCGCACGGAUCGGAGAGUUCAGGUGAUGAACGAACUGAUUCAGGGCAUUCGCGUCAUCAAGAUGUACGCGUGGGAGUACGCAUUCAGCAAAUCUCUGGACAAAACAAGAAAACACGAGAUGCGAUCUCUGAUCAAGGCGUCCGUCAUUAAAGGCGUAAUGAUGUCGCUGAUCCUGUUCACGACGCGUUCAGGUCACUUCUUCUCCGUCUUCACCUUUGUGACCCUGUUCAACGGCAAUCUGAACAUCGAGCAGAUCUUCUUUAUCGUGUCGUUUUACCAGAUCCUUAGGAUGACGAUGACAGUGUAUUAUCCGCAGGGCGUUGGGCACGUUGCCGAAAUGCAUGUGGCCAUCAUUAGGAUAACCGAUUUCCUGCAGUUGAAGGAGACGUACAUAUCUAAUCCGGAGCCGAUGGAUGCGGACUGGCUAAACAAGAGGGACCUCUACAGAAACUACGAGCUCUAUUAUAACACGCGCUUCUCCGUCUCGUCGGCCCGAGGCAUCAGUAUCAAGAAUGCCAGCCUCAAAUACGGCAAGUUGACCGUCCUCAGGAACAUUAACCUGGAGGUGGUGCCAGGCAUCCUCACCGCGAUCAUUGGCCCCGUCGGCUCCGGAAAGUCUUGUGUCCUGCACAUCAUUAUGAGUGAGCUGGUGCCAUUUGAGGGCACCGUCCACGCAGAGGGCACCAUCUCCUAUGCCAGUCAAGAUCCAUUUCUCUUCGCAGGAUCAAUUAGGCAGAACAUCCUUUUCGGACAGUCCUUUGAUAGACGAAAAUACUACAAUGUUGUCAGAUGCUGCGCGCUCUCUAGGGACUUUACGCUUUUGCCAUACGGUGAUAAGACCAUAGUUGGAGAGAAGGGCAUAUCGUUGAGCGGCGGUCAAAGGGCGCGCAUCAAUCUGGCAAGGUCGAUGUACCGGGAAGCGGACAUCUACCUUCUCGACGAUCCCCUUUCAGCCGUCGACACCAGCGUAGGCCGACACAUUUUUGAUGAAUGCAUAAAUGGAUUCCUAAAGGACAAGAUCGUCGUGUUGAACACUCACCAGUUGCAGUACCUCAAGAACGUCGAGCAGAUCGUUUACCUGGACGACAACGGCCGGAUAUUAGUGAAGGGGACAUACACGGAGGUAUUCAGCGUUGUCAAAGACUUGGAAAAACUGGUGGCCAACCAGGAGGAAGAAGCUGAAAUUCCUGAGUUGAAGAAAGACGUACGCCAAUCGUCGUCCAUUGUGGCAAAAAGCGUCGCCUCCGGGCUGAUACCGAACAUGAAGGAAUUCCGUGAAAUGCGAGGUCAGGGUGCCGUCGGCUGCGACGUCCUUGCCGCUUACCAUAAGUCCAGUGGUCCUUGCUGCUUAACGUUCAUCCUGUAUAUUCUCUUUCUGUUGGCUCAAGUUGCUGCAAGCGUUUUCGACUACUUCAUCACCAUUUGGUCAAAAGUGGAGGAUGGUUUAUUCUAUGGUGAACCUUCGGCAGCGUUACCUGAUGUAUUCAAGGAUUGCAAUCGAUAUAAGUGUAUAAUCAUGUGUGCAGCGGCGAUAGCCGCGACAACAUUUAUAUCGCUCUUCCGGUCGUUUUAUUUUUACACAAUGUGCAUGAGAGCAUCCGUUGCGCUACACAAUUCCAUGUUCAACAGCGUUACCAGGGCCAAUCUGAGGUUUUUCACUUUAAAUGCGUCUGGUAGGAUUCUGAAUCGCUUCUCCAAGGAUAUGUGCGCCGUCGACGAGAUGAUGCCCUACGCCAUGGUAGAUACCUAUCAAAUUCUGUUGAAUUUCGUUGGGGUGAUCGGUCUACUAUGCUUCAUCAAUGUGUGGCUAUUGCUCUUCACGCUCUUCGUCUGUUUUAUAUUCUACGUGAUCCGAAAAUUCUACCUGAGAUGCAGCUGCAGCUUAAAGCGGCUAGACGGAAUCGCAAAAAGUCCGGUGUUUCAACAUGUGAACGCCACGCUGCAAGGGUUAAUGGUGAUUCGAUCGCACGGAAACGAAAUGCUACUCGUCGAGGAGUUCGACAAGUUUCAGGACAUGCACACGAGCGCCUCCUUCAUGUUCAUGGGUGUGUCAAGGGCGUUCGGCUACAUCCUCGACCUCAUCACCGUCGUCUACACUGGCAUGAUCAUAUAUUACUUCAUCCUGAUAGACAACGCUGAUGGGGCGAAUAUCGCACUCAUUCUCUCGCAAUGCAUCGGUCUCACAGGUAUCUUCCAAUGGGGCAUGCGACAAUCGGCCGAGUUUGAAACGCAACUGACCGCAGUAGAGAGGGUGCUGGAAUUCACCAAGAUCGAGCCCGAACCACCACUGGAAUCAAUUCCUGAAAAUAAACCCCAUUCGUUCUGGCCGACGGAAGGCGCCGUAGAAUUUAAAAACGUCUUCAUGAAAUACUGCUUAACGGAGCAACCGGUGCUGAGAAAUAUGAGCCUUAGCAUUGAACCCCAGGAGAAGGUGGGCAUUGUUGGGAGGACGGGAGCUGGAAAGUCGUCAAUGAUCGGGGCUCUCUUUCGACUAGCAUACAUCGAAGGCAAGAUCAUAAUAGAUGGUGUGGAUACCGGAAAAAUUGGAUUGCACGAUCUCAGAAAGAAGCUGUCCAUAAUACCGCAAGAACCGGUUAUAUUCUCUGGAUCGUUACGGUACAAUCUGGACCCGUUCCAAGAGUACCCCGACGUUAUCUUGAUGUCCGCUCUACUAGAUGUGGACAUCAAGCUGACGGAGAACCCAAAAUGCCUGGACGAGUACAUGUCUGAGGGAGGGGUCAACCUGAGCGUCGGCUCGAGGCAACUCGUGUGUCUCGCACGAGCCAUAGUCAGAAACAACAAGAUCCUCAUUCUCGACGAGGCCACGGCAAACGUGGAUCUGCAGACGGAUAACAUCAUCCAGCAAACUAUCAGGCACAAGUUCUCCGCAUGCACGGUUCUUACCAUCGCCCAUCGACUCAACACCAUAAUGGAUUCUGACAAAGUGAUGGUGAUGGACGCCGGUCAAAUCAUCGAGUACAACCAUCCGUUGAUCCUUAUGCAGGACAAGAAUAGCAUUUUUAGCGAACUGAUCGCAAAGACCGGUCAUCAAAACGUCGAACGCUUCUACCAGAUCGCUAAAGAGGCUAGCUGCACAUCUUUCGAUUAUUUUCCAAACCUUUUACGUUUAUUUUAUUACAGUCUUACGAUGCUAAAUACAAGGAUGGCAUUCUUCAGAAGAAGAAGGUCGAUUCGGAGGACUUUAAUCCACCUGAGGAUGAUUCUGGAGAAGAUUAGCUGA